AUGAAGCAUUCAGAAACUGAAAUAACGCCCCAAUUAUUUUCUGAUUUAAACUUUACUAACUGUCAGUGUAAUUUAAUUCUCAUUACUACUUUUUCACAAAUUUUAGACCACUGCAUGGGUAUCGAUCGUAAAGACAAAGCAUUAACAACGAUGUUAGAAUUUGCAAGAGUGCUUUUAGAAAUUUCUAAUGUACCUCAAGCUAAAAAACUCUUAAAUGAUGCAGAUGAUAUUUUAAGUCGUAUAUUUAAAGCACGAGACGAUGAAUUAGUAACCGUACCUUAUUUAAAAGGAAAAAUAAGAACACUACAAGCCAAGUGUGAUUUACAUACAGGACAAAUUGAAGAAGUUAAAAAUAAUUUAAAAGAAGCAAUAAGAAGUAUGGGUUAUUGGUGGCCUAAUAGUAAUCCAAUUAUUCUAUUGAAAGCGAAAUAUUUCUUCCAACAACUCAAGUUUAUGAUGUGUAAAAAGAAUCACAUGAUCAAUAAUUACAAUGGUGAUGCCACUAAGUAUCAUGAUCAACUUUCGCAAUGUCUAUCGGAAAUGUUUAUCAUUCUUCAGAUGGAAGGAAUGUAUGAACAUGCUCAACUUGCAGCAGCUUGGAGUUUGAGUUCUGCGUUAAUGUCAAAAAAAGAAUUAGUUACACUUUGUACGGCUUUUGCAAACAUUAUAAUCAUUGGGCAUACAUUUAAUAACGAGGUGUUUAUGACAAAUGUAGAAAACGAAGGGAUGAAAUUCUGCAACAAUAAAAGCGCUGAUCUUACUGAACAAGAAUUAAAGUCUAUAAUUAAAUUAUAUACUAGUAUUUUUUACGCUCGUUUAUCGAGAAAUAAAAUUAGAAAAGCUUCAGAUUUGGGCUUGAUAGUUUAUCAAAUAUCUAAAAAUGUGAGAUCUAAUUAUUUUCAAAUUUUAAUUUUAUCACAAUUAAUUUACGCAUUAAUGCUUGAAUAUCGAUGUGAAGAACUGAUUCCGUUGCUUAAAGAAUUAAAAUUAAUUUAUAAUACAUCUGUGGAUAAAUCAGUUCGAAUGUGGUACUAUGAAGUUUGUUUGUCUAUCCAAUUAGAAACAGGGAUUAAAUUGAUCUCCUUACAAAAAUGUGAACAAUAUUACCAAGAAGAAGGUAAAAUAAUUGUUGAACUAAAAAAUGUUGAAGUAAAAAGAAGAUUUUGUAUUAGCAUGGAACUCUGGUAUUUAAGAAUGGAAGAAUGGGAGUCUGCUGAAAUUUGGAAUAAAAGAACGAUUAAUGUCGAUUCACAUAAAAUAAGUACAUUAAAUGAAUCUAUUGUCGCUAUAAACCAACUCGAAUGUCUUCUUUUAUCAUACGUUCGUAGUCUUGAUCGAAAAAAUGUAAAUGCUCUUCAAAUAAUUCUAACGGAUAUUAAAAAACAAUUUAAAAUUAUUGAAAAAAUAAUAAAAACAUCGAAGUUUAUUUUAUCACGAUAUGUUUUUAUGAAAGCCUAUUUUAAUAUGAUUCAAUCAAGACAUCAGACAAGUAUAAAAUUUUUAGAGCAGUCAAAAAGUAUUGCCUAUAACAUCAGUAAUCAAUUUCUUUACGACUGGAUAAAUCAUUGUGAGAAAGUAUGGAAUAAUUCACUACCAAUCGCUCAACAGAAUUCAUGGAAAGAAAAUUAUCUGCAAUCAAAUGUAGAACGAAAUUCUUUUGACAAAGAAUCUAUUGCCUUUUAUACUUUACCGCUACCUCAAUACUUAACUUAA